CAAAACCAGAGAUUUCGUUAUCCACUGAACUCCUCAGCUUCUUCUGCCACAUUGCCAAAUCCAUAAUCUUUCUCUCGAGGAGCUAAACCAAAAAAGAAAAUGGCAGCUUCUUCUUCUCCAUCUCUACUUCUACCAUUAGCAUCUAGAAAUGGUCCAAACAUUAAGACUCCAAGAUGUAUAUCUACAAGAGUCAUCAUAGCUUCAGAGACAAGAGACAGAAGCUGUAAAACCAAUACUCUCUCUAGCCGUAGAGACGCAAUGCUAUUGGUUCUCGGCGUGUCAGGACUCUCAACGAGCUACUCUCCUGCGGCUUAUGCAGCCGGUUUGCCUCCAGAGGAUAAACCGAGGCUCUGUGAAGCAGAAUGCGAGAAAGAGCUUGAAAAUGUCCCAAUGGUAACUACAGAGUCAGGGCUUCAGUAUAAAGAUAUCAAAGUUGGUAAAGGCCCUAGUCCCCGGGUUGGUUUUCAGGUUGCUGCUAACUAUGUAGCUAUGGUUCCUUCAGGGCAGAUUUUUGACAGUUCUCUAGAGAAAGGUCUACCAUAUCUGUUCCGUGUUGGGUCUGGCCAGGUGAUCAAGGGACUAGAUGAAGGACUCUUGACUAUGAAAGCUGGUGGUAAACGCAGACUCUACAUUCCAGGGCCUUUGGCGUUUCCAAAGGGUCUAGUCUCAGCUCCGGGAAGGCCGAGAGUUGCACCGAACAGUCCAGUUGUAUUUGAUGUGAGCUUAGAGUACAUACCAGGGCUCGAGUCAGAUGAAGAGUGAAACUAUUUUUUUUUUUAAAGUUCAGAUUAUAAUAUGAAAAUACAACAUUAUGUGAUGGUGUCUCAUUUUUACUUACAUUUCGUUGUAAAAAGAAACCGUCAGCUAUUCAGCUCCUUCACCAUUAGGCCCCCAUAGUUUCUUUUGGUUUUCUCUAGUUGCAGAAAGAUGAUGAUUGAUGACAUAAGAAUCUCAUCAUUGUUCAGAGUUUAAGACAACUAUGAUUGUUCUAAAUUCCAUGAGAUAUGAGUUAUAGUGAAUGUUUUAAUA